CAUCAAAGCUCAAUGUUUGUUUAACAAACUGUUCUCAUUAAAUAAGUUAGUUGUCAUUUUAAUUAGUGCGGGUUUAACCGACAAAACAAUACAUAUUGCAUUUCAGCUGCUGAACCAAAAAUUAACGUGCUUUCAAAGCCAAAGUAGUUCCUUUUAAAUGCUAAUUAAGUAAAAUUUAAUAACAAUGCAACGAAAGGGUGUUAUCACGAAAGCUAGUCGCUUAAUUAAUUAAAUUGUGCUCGGUGUGCAGACUCAAGUGGAGGAGGUUUUCGUCUCAUUCUGCCGCUCCACUUCAUUCGUUUUUCAUCUAACGAAGCUAAUUUAUUGCCGUUAGAAGGGAAAAGUACAAACAACAUUCGCACCCAAAAUUCAAAAGGAAAUGAAAGCAGUCGAUUGUAGUGUGAGUCAAGUCUUGUAAUUUGUGCAAAUUUCAAUUAAAAUGAGAAGCGGAUUAUUGUGAUUUUUGGGUGGUGGGAAGAUAAAAUUGAUGCUGUCAAGAGAGUGGAAUGUGAAUGAAGAUAGGAGAAAAAGAAAGGAUAGGAAUGAGUAAGCUUGCUUGAAGAAAUUAAUUAAUUAAUGAAAAUUACAUGAACCAUUUUCCUCGAGUGUUAUCGUGUGUGUCAGACAUUAGAAAUUAAUGGUGGAGUGUGAGACGAUUUCUGCUAUAACAACGAAACUUGUACGAACAUAUAAAGAGAGAGAAAGCAUAUAUAGAACCAUCUGAAAUGUAAUAUGAUGCCGAUAUCAAUAAACAUCAAUUAAUUAUGAUUAAUGAGAUUCCCCAACUUCUGUGCUUACUUUCAUUGAUAAGUUGCGUGAAGUGAAAUAUCUUGUGAUUCAGAUAAAAUUGAAAACAUUAGCUAUCAUUGAAAGUGCGUUUCGAAAUAAAAUAUUUGUCAUGGGCUUGACAACAGUUCAACAACAGCAGUCGACGGAAGUCACAACGCAUCAUUCGUGUACUCAGCAUGUACAGCAACCAUGUGAGCCCGCACCAGUAAUGGCAAAAGAAUGUGCUGGUUGUGGAAAAAGAAUUGUCGAGCGAUAUUUACUCAAAGCAUUGGAUAUAUUUUGGCAUGAAGACUGCUUAAAAUGUGGUUGUUGUGAUUGUAGAUUAGGCGAAGUUGGAUCAACACUUUACAUCAAAGCCAAUUUGAUAUUAUGCAAGCGAGAUUAUUUAAGACUUUUCGGUAACACGGGAUCAUGCUCGGCAUGCAACAAAAUGAUUCCCGCUUAUGAAAUGGUAAUGAGAGCUAAAUACAAUGUUUAUCAUUUAGAAUGUUUCGCUUGCUUCGCCUGUCAGCACAGGUUUUGUGUUGGCGACAAAUACUAUUUAUGUGAUAACAAAAUCCUUUGUCCCUAUGACUACGAGGAACGUUUGGUGUUUGCUGGCUUAGCUGAUAAUCCCAAUUUGAAUUUGGCUCACAUGAAACGUCAGUUGAAUAACUUACAGCCAGCCACAGAAAGUCGAAAUACCAACAGCACCAUGCCUUCCACUUCGAGUCUAGCACAAGUAGGAUCUUCUGAUUCAAACGAAGUACCCAUGAUGAGCUUUAGAAUAAGACCAGACCGUGAUGAUGCAUCAAGUGGCUACGAUUCACCCGACGAUUCCGAAUCCUUUGAGAAGCCCCAUCAGCUUGUUCAACAAUAACCAUCACGAUAAAAACCAUCAUGACACAACGAUCGUUCUAUGAAUAAAUUACCAUAUUUAUGGACGUAUAAGACACAACUUAAGAUGAAAAAAAAUCAGCAUUGAAAUAGAGUUUGCAUCGAUGUGAACUUUUUUAUUGGAAAAAGAGAAAAACUGAAGUGGAGAAAAGAAAAAGUCUCGCAAAAUUCAAUUGAAUCAAUCAAGAGAAUGACGUGAAAAUUGAUUAGUUGAAAUAAAAACAAAAUAUCUUGUAAUAAUAUCAAUAAUGAGAUGAUGAACUUAUUUUUUAUUUUUGUUAUUCGAUGUGUAAAAGUCGCAAGAAUAAAUUUUUUUUGAAUCAUAAGAAAAAUUAUGGAAAUGUACA